AUGGCUUCCAACCCUCCUGGAAAAUGCUGCACCGUCGGUGUAAAGCACGAAGGCACCCCCAAGGGCAAGAAGAUUACUGUUGCCGGCAAGUAUGAGGGCUACCUUGCCGAGGCUCCCGCCGACAAGGCGCACAAGAACACCGGCCUCCUCUACGUCGCCGACGUCUUUGGCAUCUGGAGCAACUCCCAGCUGCUCGCCGACCAGUUCGCCGCCAACGGCUACACCACCUUGAUCGUCGACCUCUUCAACAAGGACCAGCUCCCUGUGCCGAUACCCGAGGGUUUUGACUUCUUCAAAUGGCUCAACGAGGGCAGCGACGGCAAGAACCCCCACAACAAGGAGGCCGUCGACCCCAUCAUCGUCGAUUCCAUCAAGUACUUGCAGAACGAGCUGGGUCUCACCAAUGUCGGUGCUCUCGGCUACUGCUUCGGCGCCAAGUAUGUUGUCCGCCACUACCAGGAUGGUAUCAAGGUCGGCUUCUUGGCCCACCCCAGCUUCGUCGACGAGGACGAGCUCGCCGCCAUCACCGGCCCCCUCUCCAUCGCCGCCGCGGAAACCGAUAGCAUCUUCCCCUCCGAGAAGCGUCACAAGUCCGAGGAGAUUCUGCAAAAAACCGGUCUGCCCUACCAGAUCAACCUGUACUCCGGCGUCGAGCACGGCUUUGCUGUCCGGUGCGACUUGAGCAAGAAGAUCCAAAAAUACGCCAAGGAGCAGGCCUUUUACCAGGCCGUCGCGUGGUUUGACGAGCACCUCUUGUGA